AUGGCCACUCAACCGAUUCCCACUUUCAAGCUCGUGCUUGUCGGUGACGGUGGCACCGGAAAGACCACCUUUGUCAAGCGACACUUGACUGGUGAAUUUGAAAAGAAGUACAUCGCCACCCUUGGCGUCGAUGUUCACCCCCUCGGCUUCACCACAAACUUCGGACAGAUCCAGUUUGACGUGUGGGAUACCGCCGGUCAGGAGAAGUUUGGCGGUCUCCGUGACGGGUACUACAUCAAUGGCCAGUGCGGUAUCAUCAUGUUCGACGUAACGUCCCGUAUCACUUAUAAGAACGUUCCGAACUGGCACCGCGAUCUUGUCCGUGUCUGCGAGAACAUCCCCAUUGUCCUCUGCGGCAACAAGGUGGAUGUGAAGGAGCGCAAGGUCAAGGCCAAGACCAUCACCUUCCACCGCAAGAAGAACCUCCAGUACUAUGACAUUUCCGCCAAGUCCAACUACAACUUUGAAAAGCCCUUCCUGUGGCUUGCCCGCAAGCUGGUUGGCAACCCGCAGCUGGAAUUUGUCGCCGCCCCCGCGUUGGCCCCCCCCACAGCCCAAGUUGACGAGUCGCUUAUGGAGGAGUACCGCAAGGAGAUGGAGCAGGCCGCUCAACACCCUCUGCCUGGUGAGGCUUCCGAUGAAGACUUGUAA